AUGUUCGGAAAGCGACCUACACCCCAAACCCCUUCGCCCAGGAGCGACAGGAGGUCGAGAAUCACGGAUUACUUCAAACCCAUCCACCACAGUGAGCUCCCAAAGCGAUCCAAGAGGGAGCUGGAGGAAAGCGACGAAACACACGGCCAGCCAGCGAAGAAGCUGAAGACUCGGCAAGACAGACAUACCGCGCACAGCUUCAGGACAGUCCGUCUCCGAGUCGGUGUCCACACGCAUCGCCCCAAGAAGACGGCGACCAGUACCCGUCUGCUCGAUGCAACCGAUGCCGUUCUAGCCGAUCGCCUAGUUGGUCGGCGUUUUGUGGAGGAAAAGAAGCAAGUCGUCGACAAGAAAGUCGCCAGCCCCAAGGACGAGCAUACCGAAAGCGCUCUCUCGAUCCGUCUUCGCAAGAUUCACAAUACACGUAAACCAAAGAAGAGGCCGUCAAGCGCGCGUCUCCUCAACGAUGUUGAUGGCGGCCUGAUGGAUAGCCUUGUCGGUCGAUUCGAGACCACUCGCUAUGAAGAGGAAAAUGAGGAGGACAAGGCGGCCAAGAAAGACGGCAACCUCGAGCACGACAACUCGAAAAACGGCACCCCCUCAAACAAUACCAAUACCUCGAUAGGCGCAACAUCGGCAGGCAUCACUGAAGGCAACGCCAAAAGGGACAGGUACACGACGCCUUCUCCUCGGCCUCUUCCCUCUACACCGGAACACCACGGCUACCAGGGCUCGAGUCCGAGGGACCAGCCUUCAGCCGGUGACAGUCCAUCGUCGUCCCUACUGCCGAGCCCGGUCGUGGAUUUGCCCCUGUCUUCGCCGCCUCUCUCAUACAAUUCCUCUCCCGUUGCAUGGCGUUCUUCCCCGUCGUCACAGUGA